UUAUUCAUACCAAAUGUCAUAUGUACUGAUCACUGGCCUCUUACGUCGUCCCCCUUACGGCAACCCUUAACUUCUUUAAAGAUGGAGGAAGGCGGUUGUCGUCUAAUGAAAAGUAAACAAUAAAACCAGUAAAAAAAGGUCAAUUUCUAGUUUUAUAGACAUUACCAAUUUGCCCGUUUAACAAAAUUACCGAUACCUCCUCGAUAAGUUGUUAGAUAAUAAUUUGCCGAAAAAAAUUUUUACAUAACCUCCAACUUCACACAGUAAGUACAAGAAUGUCCAGACCUCAGACAAACUCGCACGUGCACCAAGAUAAUUCAGUAGUAGAGCGAAGACUGCGGCCAAUUUAUGACUGGCUGGAUAGCGGUAACAACAAAAAAGCGUUGCAGGAAUGCGAAAAGGUGCUUAAAAAGACCCCGACUUUACAAUGCGCCAAAGCUUUGAAGGCUCUCACGCUCCAUCGAAUGGGCAAACAGAACGAAUGCAAUGCUAUUUUAGAACUUUUAACUAAAGAAAUACCUUCCGAUGAUGCCACACUGCAAGCCAUGGCUCUCUGUUACAGAGAAAUGCAAGAACUGGAGAAAAUCUGUCGACUGUACGAAUUGGUCGUUAAAAACAAUCCGAAUAACGAAGAAUUGCAUACCCACCUAUUCAUGUCGUACGUUCGAAUAUCCGAUUUCAAAUCUCAACAACAAACCGCUAUGGCUUUGUACAAAUCGAAACCGAAAAAUCCUUACUACUGUUGGGCCGUCAUGUCAGUAAUUCUUCAAGCUACAAGAGGUGAAGGAUUGAAAGAUGCGCAAAAACAAAAGCUCCUUCUCUGCCUCGCCGAACGAAUGUUCACCAAACUGCUCAACGACAACAAAGUCGACGCCGAACAAGAAGUUCAACUCUACAUAAUCAUUUUAAAUCUUCUGGAAAAGUACGAAGAUAUAUUGGAUAUCUUAAAUGGCCCGUUAGGUUCGAAGCUGCAAUGUACAAAUAUACCACAAGCCAAAUUGGAGUAUUUGAUAAAAUUGAAGAAAUGGAGCGAGGUUAACGUGAUUUGUAAAGGCAUUUUGAUUUACAGCGUCGAUCGCUGGGACAUUUGGAAAGAAUACAUCAAUUCGAUGUUCCGUUUGAUACCUGCCGAAAGCUCAAUAUCUGUAACUGGUUCAUCUGGAGAUGAUGCAGACUCUCCAGAUGACACUCCCGAAAAAGCGCACGAAUUUAUAUGCGGUAUCGUUGAAAACGGCACUGAAAACGGCUACUUACUUCGAGGUCCUUAUUUGGCGAGGUUCGAAUUGUGCUCCAGAUUACAAGAGAAACAAAUGAACUACUCCGAUCUUCUGGGCGACUUGACUGAAUUGUUCAUUGAGUAUUUCCGAAAAUUUGGCCACAAGCAGUGUUGCGUUACGGAUUUGCGCUCGUAUUUGAAACUGCUGGAUUCCGAUAAAAAAAUCGAUUUGUCAUCCAGAUUGAUCAAAGACGUGGGAAUCAGUUCAACGGGCGUUCCGCAAACGGAAAACCAAAUGCAACGACACAUUUGCGCUUUACAACUAUCCAGAUUGUGCGGAGGGCACCGAAACCUUCCCACUGAACAUCUGAAGGCUUUAAUCACAGCUUUGUCGUUGCACUACCAGCACGGUUACCAAACCUACGGGAUGAAUUUACUACCAACUGAUUUGGGCCCGUCUGAUCCGUACGCUCUAAUGGCCGCCCAUUGUCUCUACGAUUUAGCUCUGGCAGAGAACAGUUCGAAUUGCAUCGUGGUGGCGCUGAUGGUACUGGAGAGCCUGUUGAAAAAUUCACCGAAUAAUUUCCACGCCAAAUUGCUGGCUAUCAAAUUGUACCAUGUUUUAGGUGGUGGAGUUAGUGCGCAUGAAAUGUACAACAGUUUGGAUGCGAAGCAUCUGCAAUUGGAUUCUUUGGGAUACGUACAUUGCGCAAGAUUACCAACAACAGGAUUGUUUACGUUGUGCACGAAUAUGUUCGAGACGACUUUGAAGUUCUUCUCGAGCAAUUACAAAGAUAGCUCUGAUCAUCUGACGUUCUCUUACAAGUUCGGUUCGUUUACGAAAAUAGAGGAGUUUAUGGAUUUUAGGGAGAGGUUGAACAAUAGCUUGCACUACAAGACUGUCCUAAUAGAUAAGGUUAUUUUGAAUUUAGUGGAAUGCAUGUCAUUGGAGACUUUGUAUUCAUUGAGCAUAUCGACCGAUAUUAAUUGGGAAAUACUCCGAGACAAUCACGAUCUCAGUGUAUACAACUCGUGGGAUCCCGAAAGAAUCGAGGCUCCUCCAGAAGAUUGGUCCGAUGCCGGCGAUUUGUUUCUUCAAAACAUUCGUUUUCUGAAACUCAGGAGUUUUGUAUUAACCGGAAUGGCUUCAGCGGUGAAUAUCGUGAAAUCCCUGGACGGUGUCCGACAAGAACACGUUCAGACAUUGAAAAAGUUACUUGAAGAUUGGAGAAGCUUGUAUGAACAAACGGUGCAAGAUAAUCUCGUUCCUAUAAAGCAGAGUAUCUUACCUCUACCGUUACCGUCGAGACUGCACGGGGCGCUGUUGGCCCCAUACUACAGCGUAUUUACUUCAUUCUUCGAAUUCCUUCUCGCCAUAUCCAGUGAUGAUAGUAAUUUAUUAGAUAAACGUACAAAGAUUGUGGAGGAUGAGCUCGAUAAACUGACGAACGUUUUGAGAGAGAAUACGUUAAAAAAAUCCAAUGAUUUCUUUGAUAAACGAAAAUCUAUGGAGAUUGCUGUAAAUUGUGUAGAGAUAAUAAGCAUAUCAUGUGUAAUUUGCGCCCUUUGCGGUGAGCUAGUCAAGCCGCUUCAAGCGAAGAAAGGUAAAAAGAAGCAACCCGAUCCAAUGGGUAAGGAGUACGUGCAAAGGGCGUCGGAGAAAUUGAAAACCGAAAUGGGACGCUUUUGUGAUAUCUUACAAGACUGGGUGGAGAGUAAUCCGGAAGAGGAGUUGGAUAGGAAAUUCGAUAAUUUGAAUUUGGCCGUUAGCGAGAACGUUUUUGAGAAAAUUUUACAAAGUUAUUCAGUUUCGAAUAAGGAAAUUCAGCUUAUUUUAAAAACGAAAAUCAAAUUGUUGACAUAGAAACGUUUUAUGUAAAAUAACAAUUUUUACACGAGAAAAUUUGCUUUUGUUUUAAUGGUAUUGCGUUCGAAAAGGUUUGAACAAAAAAAAAAAAGAUUAGUUUAAAAGGAAAAGUAAUCAGAGUAGUGUGACAUUAGGAAAAAAAU